GUAGCUCGCCUCUAAUCCAGCUUACAGCCGCAAACCUCUCUUCUCCAUCAGGAUGCCCUUGAGGAGAUGAGGCCCUGCAAAACCCUUUGCUCUUAAAGGCGUGGCUGUCAUUGAAGAUAUUUGGAGAGUUUGUCUUUUUCUCUCUUUAGAUUUAGUCUGAGUUUUAGGUUUCCUCUUUCUGGAGCAGAAACAAUGGCUUUCUUUAUGAAAACUAUGAUAAGUAACCAGGUAAAGAAUUUAGGAUUUGGUGGCAAGUCUGAAGAAAAUAAAGAAGAAGGAGGGCCCUCGGAUGCUGCCGCAGCUCAAGGGAUGACCAGAGAGGAAUAUGAGGAAUAUCAAAAGCAAAUGAUCGAGGAUAAGAUGGAAAGAGAUGCUUCAUUUACACAAAAAAAGGCAGAGAGGGCGUGCCUCAGAGUUCAUCUCAGAGAAAAAUACAGACUUCCAAAGAGUGAAAUGGAUGAGAACCAAAUCCAGAUGGCUGGAGAUGAUGUGGAUUUGCCUGAAGACCUCCGGAAAAUGGUAGAUGAAGAUCACGAGGAGGAAGAAGAUAAGGAUUCUAUUCUGGGGCAGUUACAGAAUCUUCAGAAUAUGGACUUGGACACCAUAAAAGAAAAAGCCCAGGCCACGAUCACAGAAAUCAAGCAAACGGCAGAGCAGAAGUGUUCUAUGAUGUGAGGGGCGGGUGGGGCUGGAGGAGGGGACCCGGUCAAGGCUAGGUGACCCCUCUCCUAUGGAAGUCUUGAGCAGCACUUAUUCAAUGCAGUGAGCAGGGAUAGAAAACCCAUGAUGGCAAAACUCUCUACAGACACGUAGACAACAACUUAAUGUUCUAAUUGUUCCUGAUAGAAUAUUUAUUUAGCACCUGGCAGCAGAAAAUGAUACUUUCCUUUUAGCUAUAAAUGUGGCUAACAUGGAAUUUCAGCUGAGAAUGACACAGAACACAUAUCUGCUUAAAAAUCUUCAGGACAGCCAGAAAGAAAUAAAAGCAAAUGGAAUUUUCUCUUUGAUUUCCUUCCUCAAAGUCUCAAUUAGUCCAAUCAUUAGCAUGACUGCAGAGCCCUUCAGAGAAAGAUGUGGAAGGUCAGGGUGCCACCAGGAGCCCAGGCUGCAAACACCAACAGAGAAAGACCACACCACCCCCUGCUCCCAGGCUCCUUAACAUUGUUAUGUUUUUUAUCAAGUGUGGCACUUGGACAGUUGGAAGCCAAGGGGCAGUAGUGGGGAUGUGAUAAAAGAUGAGGUAUGAAGGCAGAGAACAGACUUCAUUAGCCCUUAGACUUGUAGAGCAUCCUAGGAACCUCAUGAGUGGAUCAUACAAUAUUCAUCCUUCCUGACUGGCUUAUUUCACUUAGCACAAUGUCCUCAGGGUUCAUAUCUUUUGUAGCAUGUAUCGUAAGUUCUUUUCUUUUUAAGGUUGAAUAACAUUUCAUUGGAUAUACUAGUAUAUGCCACAUUUGGUUUAUCCAUUCAUCCCAUCCAAGGAACUUGGGUUGCUUUAACAAUUGAUGAUUGUGAAUAAAAGUACUAUGAACAUGAGCAAACAAAUAUUCUAGUCCUUGCUUUCAACUUUUUUAGUGAAAUUUUGUGAAAUGCUGAAUCAUCCUUAGGUUUUUGUCUACAUUAGAAAUAGCAGCUUGGAUACAAAUAAUAUUAAAUGUAAAACUGUAAUU